AUGGAGCGCCGGAACCUCCUCCUCUGUUUUGAUGCAUUCGGGACCCUCUUCCACCCUAAAAGCCCCAUCCACGAACAGUACACAGCCGUUGCCCGACAAUGUGGGCUCCAGGGAUUCAACUCGCAAGACGUCGCAGCAUCUUUCAGGGCCGCCUUUUCUUCCGAGAUUAAAGCCUAUCCCAACUACGGGAAAUCAAGCGGCAUGGGCGCCACGACUUGGUGGACUAAUGUCAUUCACAAAACUUUUCAACCCCUCGUCGGAACUGGUGUGGACCUCCCCAAGCAGCUGGCUCCCACCCUUCUACAUCGUUUCGCAUCUCACGAAGGGUAUACCGUUUCUCCGGGAGUGUUACCUCUCAUUCGAACUCUCAAAGAGAAGCACCAAGGUCAACGCCACCAUCAGCCAACCCGGGCCUACUUCCACCGCGUCGUAGUCGGUGUCAUCACCAAUUCCGACGACCGUGUCCCCAGUAUCCUCUCUUCACUCGGCUUCAACGUUAGCCCGUUGCGUUUUGGGACCGACAUUGAACAGCCUCAUGUUGUGAGGGAGCAACAAUACGACGUUGACCUACAUUGUAUGUCCUAUGAUGUCGGGUUUGCCAAGCCCGACCGGCAAAUCUUUGACGCCGCGGAAGGCCUCGCAACUCAGUUGGUUGCCACACAAGAAGGGGUUGAGUCUGUAGAACAGGCCACUGCCGCGACUUGGUGCAAGGUCUACAUUGGGGAUGAGUACGAGAAGGAUGUGGUUGGGGCCCGCACGGCAGGGUGGAUUCCAGCUUUUGUGGGUGACGGGGACGAGCUGCCGGAAGAAUUGUUGGAUCUGAACUGCCCGGGAGAAGAAAAACUCUCCUGGGCAUCAAACCGGGACAACACGUGCAGGGUUGUCCGAGCGGGUAGCACGCAAGAAAUUCUUGCGUGGCUCGUUGAAGAAACUUGCAAUGAAUAA